CGUGGAGGCUUGAGGAGUUUUUAUUAUAAAUCAGAGCCUGCGAGCCGAGAGGCUGGAGCUAGCGGAGGGGAGGGAGGGUGUUACCGCCUCUCCUCCUCCUACUCCACCUCGCGCAGAGAGCCCAGUGCGUGCGUUGCGUGCGUUUGUGAUUCCUCGACAAGGAGACGUCGGAGUUUCAAGGCUUUUCACGUCUGCGGCGAGGCGAGUUUCGAAUUCCCUCGGCGCGUUAAAGCGAGACGAGUGUCGCGUUUUAUCCGCGCGCGGCGAUGAUUGGUUGAACGAUUGACGGCGAGCGACGUUUCGUUGAAAUUGUUCUUCUGCGUCGGUGAUGGACGGCACACGCUGAGAUGAUGCGACCGAACGGUCAUCAGUGGCGGUGAACAUUUUACUUGUCCGGGUCAACUCGUUCGAGAGUUUUAACACUUGUGGGCAAGUGCUCGAGUUAGGUGUUUUCUAGACGACGCUGACAAAAGACGGGUCGCAAACGGCGGAGCCGCGGUGCCUGCGUGAACGUUCGUGGUGGAGUAGGCAAACAAACGACUUGACCCCGCGUGAGAAGAUCCACGACUUGUCGCCACGAGCAGCUGGCCGCCUGAGAACAGUGAAGCGACGGCUUGAGCAACAUUUGGAAAGAGGCCCCCUUCAAAGUCCUGCAGAAGAAAGGGCGCAGCGGAAACCGCUUUAAAACAAACACGUGUCCUGCAUGAAGGGUCAUACCGCCGUGACAGUGGAAUUUGUUGCGUGAUUCAAGACCGAAAUCGAGCAGAAAUUCUGGGUAUGCAAAGUCGUCAAAAUGAAGUUCCAUGAAACCGAGGUGAUUUUUCCGGAAGCUGCGUUAACAUCGACGCGGAGACGGUGCCGAACGGUGAUCGCGAUCCGCCGGGUGUGAGCGAGCGCGGCCCACGAUAUUUCAUGAGCGGAGGACGUUGAAGCGCAUCUGCCGGCGUCGAUGGACCUCGUCACACAUGGGGCUCAAUAUCAGCAAGAUGUGGUUACUGUUGCUCGCUUCUGCCAUGCCGGGAACAAACAGCAAAAUACUCAUGGACACCUACACAAAAUGGAUGCUCUACAGCAUGGAGUGCAAAAACAAAAUGGAGGUUCAGCCGCAUCCGGAUGCAGGCCUCUUCUGCAAUCGCUCAUUCGACCAGUAUGCAUGCUGGCCAGACGGGCAGCCCGAUUCUCUGGUCAACGUGUCCUGUCCCCCAUUCAUGCCUUGGUUUGAAAAAGUGCGAGGCGGGCUGGCGUUCCGGAGGUGCGGUGCAGACGGACAGUGGGUGGUGGACGGGGAUGGCCUGCCCUGGAGGGACAUCUCGCAGUGCCAGGACGAGUCGCCCAAAGACAACGGGACGCGGAAUCUGCUGGAGGGCUUCAAGAAGAUGUACACGGUCGGCUACUCGCUCUCGCUGGCCGCCCUCGUGCUCGCACUCGCCACCUUCCUGAUGUUCAGGAGGCUGCACUGCACCCGCAACUACAUCCACAUGAACCUGUUCGGGUCGUUCAUCCUUCGAGCCAUGUCCAUCCUGGUGAAAGAUGCCCUCCUGGAGACGCACUGGGAGAUGGACCCGAGCAACGCCACCGAAUGGGGAGCUUUCCUGAGUGCAGAGGUGGCCGUGAGCUGCCGCACCGCGCAGGUGCUCAUGCAGUACUGCAUCGUGGCCAACUACUUCUGGCUGCUCGUGGAGGGUCUCUACCUGCACACGCUGCUCUCGGUCACCGUCUUCUCCGAGGAGGCCCACUUCCGCCUCUACCUGCUCAUCGGCUGGGGCACGCCGGUGAUCUUCGUAGCGCCUUGGGUCGCCAUGAAAUUCCUGAGAGAAAACAGCGAGUGUUGGAGCCAGAACAACAAUUUGAGUUACUGGUGGAUCAUACGUUCCGCCAUUCUCUUGGCCAACGUGAUAAACUUUGUGAUUUUCAUAAGAAUUCUCAAGAUUCUCAUCUCUAAGCUGAGGGCGCAUCAGAUGGGGUACACAGACUACACAUUUCGGUUGGCCAAGUCGACGCUCACCCUCAUCCCGCUGCUGGGCAUUCACGAAGUGGUGGUGGCGCUCAUCACCGACGAGCAGGCGCUGGGAGCUCUGCGGAUCCUGCGGCUCUUUUACCUGCUCUUCCUCAACUCCUUCCAGGGUCUACUCGUGGCCAUUCUUUACUGCUUCGUCACAAGAGAGGUUCAGGCCGAAGUCCGAAAGCGCUGGCACCGGUGGAGGCUGGGCCAGGACCUGCAAGGGCGCCACAUGUACAUCAGUGUCACGCGCCUGCGCACCUCCAUCGGCCGCGCGGGCAACGGCGACGCCGGCGCGAAGAGAGACGACGGCUCGGCACCCUUCGGUGCGGUGCCGGAGGCGGCGGUGGCGUUCCGCAGCACGGAUCGUGAGGAGUCCGCGAGGCCACGCGACGCCCCCUUCCCCAGAAGCGACUGGGUGCCACGGGGACGACUUGGCGGACAUCUGAGCAGGGAUGAAUCGGGGAGUGGGACGGCGGCGACGUCAGGGGCAGCAGCGGCUGGAGGUGGAUUUUUGCCUCUGAGGCAGGCGGCCUGUGGCCGCGCUUUCCUCGACGAGCGGAAGACGGAGAGCGAUUCCGGGGGGACUUUCACUGACAGCGACAUCGCACCGGCGCUGGUGACGGAAACGCGGCCGUAGUGACCCCUUUGUCUCGAGGUUCACGUUGACCGUCGAUUCAAGAAACGUAUUCACGCGGAUAUAUUCAAAUUACUUCACUUCAAGAGCACCGUUUGGAUGCCGGAACCUUUGGCGUUCUGGGCCCUCUGGGCCCUGUGCUCAGCAGCGGUGAUUUAAAACAAACAUAUUUUUAUCGCCGUGAUUAUUAAGUUACAAAGGGGGUAUCCUUAAAAAUGUUGACUUGAAAGGGUACUCAAGAUUUUAAGCGGCGAUAUUCGCAAGAAGUGACGGACACCACCGUUUUUAUUUUUAUAAGGCAAACGAAGACGACGAAAUAAAGAAAGCCUCAACUUCUGCCGCUACAUCAAAGUGGUCUCCGGUCACCUGAACGAGAGCUAUGAAUAUUUAUUGUGAAACCUCCCGCGACACGGACGCUCAUAGAACUGGUCGGGUUUAUAUACUGAGAGAGAGAGAGCACUCUAUAGAGAACUCCAGAGCUUUGAAACAACAGCAACCAGUGGAAACUGAUCUUAACAGAACAAUGUACAGGGACUCCUCUGCUUACAAACAUUCGACUUACGAACUUUCAGAGAUACGGAAAAACCUGUCCGUAUGUCCAGUAGGGCUGAACGAUUAAUUGAUUUCAAAUCAAAAUCGAAAUUUUAAACAAUGCGAUGAGCAAAUCGCAAAGGCUGCGAUUUUUUUGCGUUUUGAAAAGUCCUAUUACGUUCUUAUUGGAAUUGGUUUAUUUUUUAUUAUUAUAACUUUAUUUAUUUAA